AUGGAUAAGCGAAAGUCUCUUCCCAAAUGCGUUGAUAGAGCCGAGGCUGAAACGUGGAAUCGCGAUUUGAUGGAAUCCUUCCGCCAGGCGCUGGAGAAGGACCCCGCGGCAGACCUGCUAUCUGUGGUCGGGACAAAAUAUGUCGCUGCACACCGGGUUGGGCAAUACGAAGGCCUAUCCGAGGCCACUCAGCUAAACUUCAGAACCGUUUAUGGCCUUCAAGAUAAAGUACUUUCUCAGCCCGAAAUCAACUUGCGCGACAAUUUCCCCGCGGAAUACGAUCGGCUAUACAGAUGGGCAAAGCCCAAAGAAGAGAAGGCUAUAUCUUUGGAAAGCACGCCAGUGACGCAAAAACCAGCAAAACCGCUUGACUGGCUUUGCAGAAAAAUUGAUGCUGUCAAAGCCGCUAGCAUAAUCUACCCACUAUCUUCUCAGGCGUCAGCGCUCCUCAAUCAACACCUUACGGCAGAUGGUUCACCUGAAAAAAAAUCAGUUCCAGCAGCUUUGAACGACCUGAUCUUGAAUUCCGACAUAAUAUUCCAGCUUAGCAUUCGAAAUGGUGCUGUAGUCAGAUGCAGCGACGAUCUUAUCAUCAAGACCUUUUCCUGCCAUGAGGAUUUCACUGAGUACCACAAUCUCCAAUAUCUCGCUGAAAAUGCACCCGACUUACCAAUUCCCAAACCUCAUGGUCUCAUUACGCUUGGCCAUAUUGGCGUCAUGUUCAUGUCCUAUGUUCCGGGAACCACGUUGCAAAAGGUAUGGCCGCGCUUAUCCCAUGAAGGGAAACUAUCUAUACAGAACCAAUUGGAGGCCAUAUUCUCUCGCCUAAGAAACUUACGCCAGGAGGACGGAGCUGAACUUGGUGGCCUUCGCGGAGAAGGAGUCAAAGACUGGCGCAUUAUGGAAAAUCUCUCGUACAAAGGCAUAACCACAGCCAGGGGGUUUACCGAAUUGCAGUUCUCCGCAAAGCAUCGCGCCAGUCCUUUUUACGUCAAGUUACUCCGAUCUUUCUUGAAAGAAGACAUUGAAAAUUUACAUGGGUCUGUAUUUACCCAUGCUGAUUUGAAGAAAUGUAACAUCAUGGUGCAAGAAGAUCCAGAAAAUACCGACUUUUACGUGGUCACCGGGGUCAUUGACUGGGAGGACAGCGGCUUCUACCCUGAGUACUACGAGUCCACAAGGUUGUCGAGUCCACAGAGCAUCGAUAACGAUGACGAUUGGUACCUAUAUGCGCCGCACUGCAUCUCGCCCUUACGGUUCCCUGUACGCUGGCUAGUUGACCGAUUAUUGGGCUCACUUUUAUGGAACUGGAGGACAGACAUCGUGCGAUGA